AUGUCGUGUCAAGUAGCUGGCGUCUUGUCUGCAUAUCCCUUGAAUACAAAUAUCUACAUCGAUAUUUUCCAGUAUUCGUACUAUCAGAUCUGUCUGUUUAUCGUUUGGCACAACAACCCGUUCCGGUGCACUGCUGCGGAAUUGAAGUGCCAGCCGGAUGCGGAGCCGACUUCACAGAAAAACAAGAACAAACUUAAACGACUGAAAUGGAAAAAACGCCGCGCAAAAAAGUUAUACAGUCGCAACCAAAGAAAAGCCAAAAAGCUGCAGUCCACACUGGUCAAGGAAACUGCUGACGACGAUGACAAUGUUAAACAGAGCCUAAACGAGACAAGAGCAAAAGCACUGGCGUACUUACGUCAAUGGAAGCGUGCUAGAGAUAAUUGGAAAUAUAACAAAAACCUGCAAAAGUGGCUACUGAAGCACGCUUUCGAUGAGAACAUGGUACCUGGAAAAUCGUUUGCUCGUCUUGUGCUUUAUGUACAAAAGCUUAGUGGAUCUGCGCGUGAACGACUGGUUGCCACUUGUGAGCGGAUAGUGUCUGAGGGACAAGCUAAUGAUACAGUGGCGGAACAGGAUACCUCCAACCCAGAACCCAAUUCAGUCGCCUGCUCUCGUGCCAACGCGUUGCUGGCAUCUCUAAACAAUACAUAA